AAAAACAAAAUGAAACUUGUUUCAAUACACAACAGAAUUUUUAGGCAUGCUGUAAACAUAAAUAAAAACAGUAGCACAUUCAAAGUAUAGAAUUAAAAAUCAGUUUAUUUUUUCCAGGUAUUUUCAGUCAAAAUGGACACAAUGUAUGACGAAGAGUUCCAACAAAAUUUGAAACUGGCGAAAAAUCUCCUCGACAAGAUAAAAUCUUAUGAAGACAAAGUGAUAUCUGCUCGUUGGAUCUCAAAGCUGUGCAAUUUGAAGUCGAACGACAUCCUUGUGAAGAAGUACAGGAAUGCAUUCUUCCGGUACAUGCUGCGGGUAAUCCAGGAAGAGGCGAGGCAUGUAGAUGAGUGUGCAGAGGAGAGCACGGACUCGGAGUCCCAGGAGGACCUGCACUACAAGGCCACGUGCCACUGGUCGCCCGACAAGCGCAGCUACACCGCCAUGAAGCCCCUGGGCCACCACGGCGCCCUCAUCUACAUCGCCACGGCCAAGGACCUGGCCCUGGGCUGGGACGUGCCCCAGAAGCAGCACUGAGUUGCUCACUCUGACACCGGCCUUCCUUGUACUUCCACAGAGGCAUCGUACGAAUCACAGACUGAAGUACAUUAAGGUCAUUUA